AUGACGAAGAUCGACGUCGUCGCCAUCACGACCGCGUGUGUCACCACUUGCCUCAUCCUCGUGCUGUUCUACGUCAACGUCGUCGGAUUGUGGAAAAAGUCCGCGAGCGGCCGCAACGUGUGCGCAACGGAAGACUGCGUCAGUCACGCAACGCUCCUCACCAGAUACAUCGACUGGAAGCUCGACCCGUGCGACGACUUCGAGGCCUUCGUCUGCUCCGGGUGGGAAAGGUCGCGGGAGUACCGCGACAUGGUCCGCUCGACGUUCGACGCCCUCAGGUACGCCUGGUACGGCCGCUUCGAAGACCUGCUGCGCAGAGGCUCGCUGCGACUGUCCGCCGGCAGGAAGCCGCUGGCCAUGUACCAGAUGUGCCGGUGGUACUACCCUUCGAACGCGUCGCAAGUGGCCUUCUUUCGUAAUUUCAUCGAGGAUCACGGCUUGCGCUGGCCAGAGCCGCCUGACACGCUACUCACGCCUCUCUACCUCGUCGCCGCACUCUCUUACCUGUGGCAGUCGCCGUUCUGGAUCACGGUCGGCUUGCUGCGGCAUCCUCAUUCCACCGGCAGCCGCCGACGCGUCCUGAUCGGUCCCGGCGCCUACCUGCGCAUUAUGAGAUACCACCGCCGAGUAGUCGAGCGGUCUUACGUCCGUUACUGGGAAGAGCUCCUGGCCCUCUUCUACCCGGAGGAAUCGGAGCGACCGCCGCGGAACGACACGGUCGUUGACGAGCUCGGCGCCAUGGAAAAGGACGUGCUGGACAAGCUGCACGCCGUGAACGUGUCUCCGCGCAAGAAGCCCGCGCUUUUCCCGUUCCGUGACAUCGGCGUCCACGUGCCGAACGCGUCGACCGAGCACUGGUUGGACGUUUUCCAGGACGUCCUGUCUCUCGAGCCGAAGCUGGGCGUCGACGACGAGAUCGCGGUCACCGACCUCUCGCUCCUGCGCGCGGUCGCCAGACUGCUGGCCAGUUACACGCGGCUGCAGCUCAACAGGUACUUUGCGUGGCUCAUCGUGCAGUACUGCUCUCCCGUGGCGGACUUUUCCUUCCUGGUCAGCUUCUACGGAAGCAAGUCGAAGGCCGAGGCGUAUCUGCGCACGUCCUGCGCGCACACGGUCGAAGCCGCGUACAAGGUCCUCGUGCUCGCGCUCGGCAUUUCGACCCUGUUCACGGCGCGGGACAGAGAGGUCAUCGAGGCCGGCUUCGACAGCCUCGUCUCGCCGGCUGUGCGCAAGGUGAACGAGUCCGGCUGGAUGGACGAUUACAGCAAGUCGAGGGCGAUCGAGAAGCUCGAGUCCGCGAGGGAGGCCAUGUGGCCGUCCGCGACUCUUCUCGAGGGCGACACGCUGGAGGCAACCUACGCCGGCUUUCCAGAGCACGAACCAUCUCUCGCCCACUAUUGGAUGGAGACGCGCAAGGCGAUGAAGAGCAUGAACAGGACGCCCGAGUACACGGAGGCACUGUUGCUGCCGGGGGGCAACUUUCCGGACUAUAUCAGCUACGACUACGUGAGCAAUGUCAUGAAGCUGGCCAUCGCCGCGGCAGCGCCUCCGGCAUACUACCGCAACGGGACCCACGCGAUGCUGUACGGCGGCCUGCUGUUCCUCGUGGCCAAGCAACUCGUCAAGGCCAUCGACGACGAAGGGAUCAAGUGGGCGCCGAACGCGGUCGUGGAGCAAAUGACGUUUCUUUCCAACUCUACCCUGGAAGUGUUUCGCACCAAGACCGAGUGUCGGCGCGGUGACGAAAACGAGGCCGUGCUGCCCGACGUUCCGGCCCUGGAGAUCACCUACGCCGCACUUGGCGAGUCGCACCUGCGAGGCGAGGAGAGCGUGCCACUGGCCCUUGACGCGCACCUGCCGGAGGAUAAGGUGUUUUUCAUGACACUCUGCUACCUGUCGUGUGCUAAGCCCGGCGACUGGAACCCCAUCCCGGCCGAUUGUAAUAAGGUCGUGAGGAACUCGCCGGCUUUCGCCAAGGCCUACAAGUGUCGGGAAGGCAGCAAGAUGAACCCGGUGAAGAAAUGCGCGUUCUUCGCUUGA